UCCAGAGGUAGGAGCUUAUGACGGGCACUUGAACGCAGCAGGCACAGAUACUGCUAGUGGGAAGGCGUCAAAAUGGUGAAGUUUGGGCUGCAGUUUAAAGCCACGUUAGAAAAUGUCACCAACGUGCGGCCGGUGGGCGAGGACUUCCGCUGGUUCCUGAAGCUCAAGUGUGGCAACUGUGGCGAGAUCCCAGAUAAAUGGCAGUAUGUAACACUCGCGGAGAGUACACCACUAAAAGGAGGACGAGGCAGUGCCAGCAUGGUGCAGAAGUGUAAGCUUUGUGCCAGGGAAAACUCAAUCGACAUCCUGGGAGACACAAUCACGCCUUACAAUGUGGAGGACAAUGAGAGUUUCAAGACAAUGGUGCAGUUUGAGUGUCGAGGUCUAGAGCCUGUCGACUUCCAACCACAAGCCGGCUUCGCUGCACAAGGAGCAGAGUCUGGAACACAGUUUCCUGAAGUCAACCUGCUAGAGAAAGACUGGACAGACUAUGAUGAGAAAGUCAGUGAGUCAGUGGGCAUAUAUGAGGUCACACAUCAGUUCAUCAAGUGUUGAUGCCCUUGUACGAUGGAAAGAAGAACACUGCGGCCAAAUCUCCACUGGUGUGACGUCUGUUAACAAUUAUGCUUCAGAUGCUGAGGCAGCGUGGUUUGGUUUAUCAUGAAGAGGAAGACGUGUGGGUGAAGAGGAUGGGACAUCCACACACACAUCUUGGACGGAACAUGUUGAAUGGACAAAGUCUUUUUUCACUGCCUCAAUAAAAUUGAAGAGUGAAAAAAUACAUAUUUCUGAGUAGAGGUCUUUCUUCGCACUAGUGAGUGGCACGGAGAGUUUUGUUUUAGUUUAUUUUAAAACUUUAUGCGAUAGUGAUUAUGCAUUUUAACAUAGUUCCAACACAGAGCAUGCAAGCUGUGAACUAUGUGCAUCAGCUUCAUGCUCUGUAGUAGAAUGAUAUUAAAUUGCAUCAUCUCUAUCAACAUUUUAAAAAAGAGAGAAGGAAUUAAGUUGGGAAGAAGCUCUUAUUGAAUAAGGGACUCUUGAAGGUGACAAAAAGCAAAAACGAAAACACUUUUUUUUCCUGAGUCCCUCCCAGGCUGCUGCAGUAAAUCCUCAGCCUUGAAAUGUGGUUCACGCUCUACCAGGUAUCAGUCAUAUUAUAAUGUUUUGGUAUUUUGAUUUCUCGUAUCGUAUCGUUGUAAUCAUGCAUUUUGUUAAUUAAGUGUCUCCCCAAAACCUGCCCAGGUCCUGCAUCUUGUAUGUAACUGGGACCAAUUCAGUUAAUGCAAGAAUUGCAUUGUGGGAUAAGUGUGAGCAAAGGCUAACUGGCUGACUGAUUAACCAGAGAGCCCUGAGGAGGCACGAGCUCUCACUCUGCCUUUAUUUCUGAAUGUCAUAUUGCCCAGAAUGCGCUCACUCUCAGUUCAGUGAAUCUUGUCAUAAUUUUCAGACAUGUCAAGGGAUUAAGGAUGUCAAAUUGUGAAUUUGAUUGAACUUGAGAAAAAGUAAAUUAUUUCUUGAAACUACA